AUGAUGAUGAUGCAAAACGAGGACAACUUUGAACGGAGAAAAAGCGCGACGGUUUCGAGUUUGGUGAUGACGAGCGGUGAUGAUGAUGACGAUAAAAGCCGAGCAGGGCGGGUGGACGAACGCGUGCGAGAUUUCGUCGAGCGCGUGAACGCGUGCGAGAACAUAUUCACGACGAGUUCGUGCUCCGGCCGAGUUUCAAUCUUCGCGGAGAGGACGGAGGAAGAUUGCAAAGAGAAGAGGAAAGGCGGCGAGUGGGUGUUCGUUUCGCACGAGUUAGUCGUCAAAGAAGAAGAAGAGGAGGAAAGAAGUUUGAUGGUGGAGAAGAUGAAAGAAAGUUUAAGAAAGUCAUCAUCAACGUUGACGCUGCGGUUUGAACCGUUCAUAUUAGCGGUGGAGACGAAAGACGAGCACACGGCGCGGAUGUUUGUGAAGUGCGCGAGAGACGCCGGGUAUCGCGAGAGCGGCGUCGUGUCGACGGUCGAUGAAAGUAAAAGAGCGAGUGGGAGUGGGAGGAUCACGGCGAGCGCGCGGUGCUCGAUUCGAAUGGAAGCGCUGGUGGCGAAAGAUGGGGAAAUGCUUUUGAGCGACGAGGGAUUGCGCAUUCUCGUUGAGGAAUGUAACAAGAAAAUGAAGGCGAAUUGGGAACGCGCGGAUCGGUUUUAUGCUCUGUUUACGGAGAGGUUUUGCGGUGAAAAGAAGACGGAUGAUGCUCUCAUCAUCAACAGCAAAAACAACAACAACAACAACAACGGUGGUGAUACUAGUAACAACAGUCAUAGCGGGAGAACAGAAAAAGCGAAACGGUGCUGGUUCCUGGUGGACUCGUUGUGCGCAAAGACGUGUAAAGACGCGUUGAAGCGAAACGGGUGGCUCGAUCAAAGUCGAAAAUCGGCAUCCGCAUCAAUUGAAGAGGCUCAGAGGAGACAUUUAGUCGUCGAUAAUCCAGUUGUACAUGAGGAGAUAGACGGCGAUGUUGAAGGUAAAGAAAAUACUGGUGAGGAUGGGAAAAAAGUCAAGAAACCUAAGGCGCUACCGCCGAAGAAGAGUUUCGUGAAACUACCGGUGAUUGAGACGAACGCGUUUGUUACGCUCAUGGAUAAGAACGCGACUGCGGUCGAACCGUCCUCGGCGCCAAUCCAUUUCGCCAUAUCGUUGAAUUUGGCCACAUUUAUCGUCGAGGACGUAGACGCGCCCGGGAAUGAGAAUGGUAGCAGGAGUAAUAGUGGUAGUGGUAGUAGUAGUAGUAGUAGUAGUAAAACUCUUCCUCCAGCCGCACUUCUCGCGUCGAGAAUUGCAACCACGUUGAGGAAUCAAAAGGAUAAAGGAAUCACGUGCACCGAAAAGUUCAUAGAGACUGUCGUAAGCGCGGACGUGCCGAAAAAAUGGGAGAAACUUGGCGACAAUCUCGUGCUUCUCCCGAAAUCUGCCUUCGCGAAGUACCGAGAAGUCUGGGAUUUUUUUCCACCGUGGGAACACGUCGCGGAGUGCUUGAAAGUUCAACGCAUUUUUAGGCAAGACACCGUGAGCAAAGGCCCCAAACGCGAAUCGCGCGCGGUUUCGGUUCACGGAAAUGACAGCGGAUGGGUCGAACACAAAGAACUCGGGGUGACGUACGGAUUUGAUUGUUCGAAAGUUAUGUUCUCUUCCGGUAACGGCACGGAAAAGAAACGCAUGGGUUUCGAUGUUCGCGCGCGAAACGAAGUUAUCGUAGAUUUAUACGCCGGUAUUGGAUAUUACUCCUUGCAACUGCUGAAAAACGGAAAUGCAAAGAAAGUAUACGCGUGCGAAUGGAACCCAAACUCGUGCGAGUAUUUGCGAUGGAAUAUAAAGAAGAACAACAUCGAGGCGAACAGAUGUGAUGUGUUAGAAGGUGAUAACAGAGAAGUAGCUCCGAAGAAUGUUGCCGAUCGAGUGUUGCUCGGAUUAUUACCCACAUCUCGCGAAGCGUGGUCCGUCGCCGUGGGCUGUUUGAAAGCGGAGAAAGGCGGCGUGUGCCACGUUCACGAGUGCGUCGACGAAGGCGACUUUGAGAAAAAAGGCGAUGAAAUUCUCGCCGCGUUGCGAGAGGUGAAACCAAAUUGGACCGCUCGAAUUGAAAAAGUUGAAAAAGUGAAGAAAUACGCGCCAAGAGUUUGGCACUUAGUCUACGAUAUCGUUUUACGACCACCGAUGAAAAGGAAUGUGGGGGAAACGUCCUCCUCGCGCAAAAAGUUGAUGGAGAGUGAAGGCACAGGCAAGACGAAAAAGUCACACUUCGCGAAAGUAUUGCGCAAGCACCGCCCAACAUUGGAGGAGGUUCGAGCGAUUAAACGGAGUCGCGAACCAGUCGUUUUUACGGGAAUCGACAUUGGAAGUUGCGCGCAAACGUGGACGCCGCAAUAUUUGCUCGAGAAAUCACCCACGCUUGCGAAUGCGAAAGUUUCCGCGCACGUCUCUUCGAGCGCAAACUUUGAUUUCGCGAGAAAGAAUUUCAAAUACGAAACGCUCGUCGGUAGAGAUUUCUUACAGAAAGUAGUAAGGUCCGCUUCGUCGUUGUCGUCGAAAGCAGAAUUUCUCUAUCUCCGAAGUUUAGGCGCCGAUCCAAGGAAGUUUGAACCGGCGAUGGCACUCCAGCAAUUUCCGGAAUUGGUAGGAGACGUUCGGCUACCGUCUGACUUAUGGGAUAAUAAAGAGAACGCAUUACAUUCGGUCGUUUUGAGAGUUUCCAGCCCAAGCGUGAAGAUUUGGUUGCAUUACGAUGCCAUGGAUAACGUUUUAAUCCAACUCAACGGAACGAAACGCGUUGUUUUGUUCCCACCGAAACAUUCCGGCGAUUUGUAUUUGAAGGACAGUUCGAGCAUGGUGAGCGAUAUCGACGAUUCUAAAACCAACGAUGCAGAGUACCCUCGAUUUCGACACGCGUUAGAAAACGCCCAAGAAAUUAUUCUUCAACCGGGUGAUUGUUUGUUCAUUCCAGCGCUGUGGGCACAUAGAUGUGAAUCGGGAUCAGCCGCUCCAUCGGUUGCGCUCAACGCGUUCUUUCGCGACUUGGAGAAAAAUGCAUACCCGGCGAAAGAUGCGUACGCAAACGCGGAUCCUAUCGUAGCGAAAGAGGUGCUCGCCAACAUCGAAGAAAGUAUUGAAAAACUGAAGGCGUUACCGAACCAACACGGUGAAUUUUACGCCAGCGUUGCGAGCGCCAAUUUGGCUCGCGCGUUCGGCGUGGAUCCCGUGCCAACUACACGUUUUGUGGCGCUGUCGUCGUAG